CACUUCAUGGUAUAACCCACGAACAAAGUAACCACAGUGUCUCCUCCAAGUGACGGGUUCCAGUGUAGGUGAAUCUGUGUUGAGGCAGACGCGUCACGUCACCAUUAGUGGCUCUUCCAGCACAGCUCAUGCUGUGUCACUUCCGUAAGACAACGAGCAAAGUUGUUUAGACAGUUGAAACGAUUACAAACGGCCCCUCACAGACAACCAUUAUGGUCUCAGGGGUCUCAAACUUCAAUCUCCAGGUCGGGUCUGGUCAGGACUGUCCAGUAAUGGGUGUUUAUUUACAAUUGUAUCACGAUAUUCAUUAUUAUUGAACGUAAUAUCACAAUAAUAGUGUUUGUUUUGAUUUGGAACUGCAUCUUGUUUGCAAUAAAAACAAUAUUUAUGAUGCAAAGUUUGAGAUGUCUGCCUCAUGGUGAGAAUAGCAAUAGCUAGUUUACAUCUACAAUAAUAAGGCUGUAAGAAAAAAGAGAAAUCGCCAGUCCACCUCACCUGGUGUUAAGUAAAAGCCCAAUCAAUCCCAAUGUCGAUAUAAGGGUGUAAAAAGGUUAUCGAUAAAAUGUAAAGAUGUUCCCCCUUCCACUGGAUAUCGUGGAGGAGAUCUUCCUAAAUCUCCCUCCCGUUGAGGUGGUGCAUACAUGUCGGUUGGUGUGCUCCCAAUGGAAAGAAGUGGCUGACAGUGAAUCUCUGUGGAAGGAGCGGUGUCGAAGAGAAGGGUAUCGCCCCCGUGAUGCGUCCAGCAUAUCCAAGGACUGGAGGUUGUUUUUCUUCCUGUGCAAGCAGAGGAGGAAUCUAAUCAAGAAUCCUAGAGCAGAAUACAAAAUGCAGGGUUGGCAUUUACAGGAGAACGGUGGAGAUAAGUGGAAAGUAGAAGGAGUUAUGGCUCCACAUCCAAAUGAGGCGGUUCAGAAAAACUUUGUGACCUCUUAUGUAAUGUGCAAGAAGACCCAGCUGAUUAAUUUAACAAAGGAAGGUUACAACCCAUCGUUUAUGGAUCACUUCCAGCCAGACAUCAGAAUUUCUGAUUGGUAUGCACCCCGAUUUGACUGUGGCUGCGAGUAUGACAUCUGUGUUGAGUUGUUGAAUCAAAAUAAGAGGCCGAUCCAGACCUUUGAUCCCGAGACUAUUUACUUUGAGCAGUGGAGCGAUAAGCAAUGGAAUCAGAUCACACACGUUUUCCGCAACUACGGCCCAGGUGUGAGAUACAUCCGUUUUACCCACGGAGGGAAGGACACUCAGUUCUGGGCAGGAUGGUAUGGAAUUCGUGUUACUGACAGCUGUGUUGAGAUAUGUCCAGCAGAGGAUAGAUAGCUUCUUGGGCACCGUCUGAUACCAACUGCCUGCCUUUACCUGGAACUGCCUCAGGUCAUAUUUGCCUUAUAUGAUGUAUAGUCAUUUUACAUAUUCAUGGGAUGAUGGAACAGCUAUGAUAAAACCUCCCAGUGGAGCAGCAGCAUAUUAUGUUAAAUGUAGUCGUUUCAGUUCCAAGACCAAAGGGCCAUCAUGUAAUCCCUGAGAAUAGGUCUUCCAUGGCAUUUGAUUAUGAAACAAGAUGCCAUGCACAGUAUCAAAGCAGCUUUGAAGGAGGACAGGUUGGCUCUGAUGUGUUUGCUUCUCAGCUGUAAUCAUUGAAGUCUGGUGAGAGAGUUGUGCGGGUACGAGUCCUGUAUUACUUUAACACAACAAUGUUUAAAAUUAUAUUUAAGCUCAAAUGUGAUGCUCUCUAAUGCUAUUGUAAUGUAAACCCUUCAGAAAUACGUAAGCCAUGAUAACAGAAAAUGUUUUUUUGGACUGCUCUGUAAUAUCAGUUGUUAAAAAUGUAUUGUGCAAAUCAGAUGUAUACUUUGACUGUACUUUUCCGAUACUUGUCCCUGUUUUGUCAAAAAUAGUUAUUACUAGCUAAUAAACUAUGUAUUCACAACAGACAACAUGUAGUAUUUGAAGUGAGGUUUA